AUGUCGGAAACCGACGUCUACAGCGAUGCACCGGCGGAGCAACCCGGGGAGUUCGACUACCAAAUAUUGGACGCCAACGGCCCAACACACGACCGACGGGCUUCGCACCGUCCCCGGCUCACCGCCGAGGAGCGCGCGUACCUAGACCAGAACCAUGGGUGCUAUCGCUGCCGCGCCCUCAAUGCGGAUCACAUGUCGAGCAACUGCCCUCGCUAUGCCCCUGCUCCAGGAGCGCCCGCCACCUCGUCGACUCCCCUGUCGACCGCUCCCGCCGCUCGCACUCGUCCUGGUAUGGUGGCGGCCAUCCAGACGUUCCAAGAAACGGUUUCUCGGACAGCGGAGCCUCACUGGUGA